UAUUCGAUCUGGCUUUUAUUAUGAAACGUGAUGAAAUCUUGGUUCAACCGGAACAGCCUGUCACCGGCACACACGUUUCUCAACUACCGCUGAAGCAGCAGACAUCAUGGGAGAGCAGCUGAGUCCUGAUGAGAAGUUCCAGCUCAUCACCAGAAACCUUCAGGAGGUUCUUGGUGAGGAGAGGUUGAAGGAGAUCCUGAAGGAGCGGGAACUGAAGGUUUACUGGGGAACAGCGACCACAGGCAAACCACAUGUUGCUUACUUUGUCCCCAUGUCAAAAAUUGCUGACUUCUUGAAGGCGGGCUGUGAGGUGACCAUCCUCUUUGCUGAUCUCCAUGCUUACCUGGAUAACAUGAAGGCUCCCUGGGAGCUGCUGGAGCUUCGGGUGAAGUAUUAUGAGCAGGUCAUCAAGGCCAUGUUGGAGAGCAUUGGAGUUCCUCUUGACAAACUCAAAUUUGUCAAAGGCACAGAUUUUCAGCUCAGCAGAGAAUACACUCUGGAUGUUUACCGACUGUCCUCCAUGGUCACUGAACACGAUGCAAAGAAAGCAGGUGCGGAGGUGGUCAAACAGGUUGAACAUCCUCUUCUCAGCGGUCUGCUGUAUCCUGGACUACAGGCACUGGAUGAGGAAUACCUAAAAGUAGAUGCUCAGUUUGGUGGUGUGGACCAGAGGAAGAUCUUCACAUUAGCAGAGAAGUACUUGCCUUCUCUUGGGUACACCAAACGUAGCCAUUUGAUGAACCCAAUGGUUCCAGGACUGACUGGGAGCAAGAUGAGCUCCUCAGAGGAGGAAUCCAAGAUUGACCUGCUAGACAAGAGCCAAGAUGUGAAGAAGAAGCUGAAGAAGGCGUUCUGUGAGCCCGGCAAUGUGGAGAAUAAUGGAGUUCUAUCUUUCGUCAAACAUGUGCUUUUCCCUCUGCACUCAGAGUUUGUGAUUAAAAGAGAUCCAAAGUUUGGAGGUGACAAAGUCUACACAGAUUUUGAAGAAGUGGAGAAAGACUUUGCUGCAGAGCAAAUUCAUCCCGGGGACCUGAAGGCUUCAGUAGAGUUGGCUCUUAACAAACUGUUGGACCCUAUCAGGAAGAAGUUUGAGAGCCCUGAGUUGAAAAAACUGACAUUAUCAGCGUACCCAGAACCAUCUAAAAACAAAGGCGGAGCUAAGGGCAACCCUAAACAAACCACAGAUGACGAUGAGGUCAUCCCAUCCAGAUUGGACAUCAGAGUGGGCAAAGUCAUCAGUGUAGAAAAGCAUCCAGAUGCAGACUCGCUAUAUUUAGAGAAGAUUGAUGUGGGUGAAGAACAGCCGCGGACUGUAGUGAGUGGACUGGUAGCUUACAUCACAGAGGAACAGCUUCAGGACCGACUCGUUGUGCUGCUCUGCAAUCUAAAGCCCCAGAAGAUGAGGGGGAUUGAAUCUCAAGCAAUGGUGCUCUGUGCUUCAAUCGAAGGAGAGCCAAGGAAAGUGGAGCCUUUGGAUCCACCAGAAGGAUCUGCAGCAGGAGAUCGUGUUUUUGUGGAGGGCUAUGAAUCUGGCAAACCAGAUGAUGAAUUGAAACCAAAGAAAAAGGUGUUUGAGAAGUUACAGGUGGAUCUGAAGGUCUCCGGCGAGUUUGUUGCACAAUGGAAAGAGCAAAAUCUGAUGACCAAACUUGGACAGAUCACCUGCAAAACACUUAAAGGUGGAAAUAUCAGCUAGAAUAUCCACACUUUUUUUCUCAAGCUUCAGAGGGCGUGUUUUCAUGACAACCGUAAUCCACAUGACGUCUACACUGUGUCAGGUAUAUCACUCAUCAUGGACAUCAAAAACUGUAAACUGACUCUGACUGAAAAGCAAAUGGCUUCUAAUGUCCUCAUUUCAUUUUACCCUGUGAAUGAAUUACUAGCUCACAGUUACUGCAGAAGAAUACACAUGGUAUUGUCUGUGCUUUACAUUGCAUGUAAUGCCGUCCAAGAUGAUUUCCGCAUAAAGUACUGCAGUAAAUAUGCUCAUUUGCAUUAGUGAUAAAUGGAGAAUCUUCCAGGAGCUCAUCUGUUAUCUUCAAACUCAGGUUUCCUGUGGUGCCGUGUCUGGAAAUUGAUCAUUGCUUACAAUGACCAGUGUGACAAUGUACAAACUAUUAUUUAACCAUCAAUGGAAACGGUUCAGACGUGGGACAGUCUACAGUAUAUAAACAACAAAAUGUUAUGGUGAAUAUUUUAAGAUUAGUUGUUAACAGAAAACAGCUAGU